AUGGAACAGUACCUCCGAAGUUAUGUUUCCUACCAACAAGAUGAUUGGGCUCGAAUGUUACCAAUGGCUGAAUUUGCGACGAACAACCAUGCUUCCGAAACAACAAAGGUCUCCCCGUUCUAUGCCAAUUCGGGAAGAAAUCCAAGAAUGACUUUUGGCCCUUUGGAACAUGGUCGAACGACGGCGGAAGAUCAAGCGAAUCGUAUUGCAAGGGAAAUGAAGGAUGUAGUGGAUUUCCUAAGAGAAGAGAUGUUUCGAGCGCAAAGGAUACAAGAAGAAUCAGCCAAUAAGAAUCGGACUCCAGCUCCUCGAUACCAUUUAGGAGAUAAGGUUUUCCUAUCGACCCGUCAUAUCCUAACCAAGCGACCUUCCAAGAAAUUUGACUGGAAACGUAUUGGACCCUAUAACGUUAAACGUAUUGUCAAUCCCUAUGCUUACGAGUUGGAACUUCCCCGAUCAAUGAAAAUUCAUCCAGUAUUCCACGUUUCGUUAUUGUCGCCCGCAGCCAAUGAUCCCUUGCCCAGUCAGGAACAACUACCUCCACCCCCAGUUGAAAUUGAAGGACAGGAGGAGUGGGAGGUUGAAGAUAUUUUGGAUUCAAGGAAGCGCCGGGGGAGAUUCGAAUAUCUACUGAAGUAUGUUGGGUAUGAUGAAGCUUCUUGGCAACCAUUGUCGGACGUCGAACAUUCGCCCGAUAUUGUUAAACGAUUCCACGAAUGUUACCCACGGAAGCCUAAGCCUACCAGGAGGUAG